UGAUCAACGAAGAAACCGAUUCAAUUACUUCACAAUAAAGACAACAGCAAUGCCCAUUUCUUCAAACCCACUAUCACUUCACAAAUGUUCCAACACAAGCUUGGCCACUACAGGCUACUAGAAGCUGAGAAUUUACUGGGUAUUGCUAGUGCUACAUCAUUCAUCAAUUUAUCUAUCUAUCUGUUCUUAAAAAAUCAACCUCAACACCAACUGGAUAUUCACAGUUCUGAAUCAAAGCUGAGUCUGAGAUGGGGAGAGCAUUAAGAGAUCUGAAACUCUAAUUUGAUCCUAAUGGAUAGAAGUAAGACCAUUGUUUGGUUUAGGAGGGACCUUCGAAUUGAGGAUAACCCUGCAUUAGCUGCUGCUGCAAGGGAUGGUUGUGUUUUCCCUGUAUUUAUAUGGUGUCCUAAAGAAGAAGGACAAUUCUACCCGGGUCGAGUGUCCAGGUGGUGGCUGAAGCAGUCCCUUGCUCACUUGGGACAAUCCUUGAAAUCACUUGGUGCUGAACUUGUUCUCAUCAAAACCCAUAGUACAGUUGCUGCUCUUCUGGAUUGCAUCGAAACCAUUGGGGCGACGAGAGUGGUAUUUAACCAUCUCUAUGAUCCUGUCUCUCUUGUUCGUGAUCACAACAUCAAAGAAAAAUUGGUGGAGCUUGGCAUUUCUGUACAAAGUUAUAAUGGCGAUUUGUUGUAUGAACCGUGGGAAAUAUAUGAUGAAAGAGGGCAUGCUUUCACGACAUUUGAAGCAUACUGGGACAAGUGCUUGCACAUGCAAAUGGAACCUGUUUCACAUCUUCCUCCAUGGAGAUUGGUACCUGCUGCAGGAACAGUUAUGAAAUGUUCAGUUGAGGAAUUAGGUCUUGAAGAUGAAGCCGAAAAAUCUAGUAAUUCCUUGUUAGGAAGAGGAUGGUCUCCGGGUUGGAGCAAUGCUGAUAAGGCUCUAACUGAAUUUGUUGAACAGCAUCUAAUUGAUUAUGUGGAGAGUAGGCUAAAAGUUGGGACCUCCACCUCACUUUUGUCCCCGUAUCUUCAUUUUGGAGAGCUGAGUGUGAGGAAAGUUUUCCAAUUUGUGCAAUUGAAGCAGUUAUUGUGGGCAAAAGAAGAGAACUUAAUGGGGCAAAAAAGCGUGACUCUGUUUCUUAGAUCCAUCGGGCUUAGGGAAUACUCCCGUUAUCUUUGUUUUAACUUUCCGUUCACUCAUGAGAGAUCGUUGUUGAGCAACUUAAAGUAUUUUCCGUGGGAUGACAAUCAGGUCCAUUUUAAGGCUUGGAGACAGGGGCGGACUGGUUACCCAUUAGUUGAUGCAGGAAUGCGUGAGCUCUGGGCAACUGGUUGGAUACACAACAAAAUAAGAGUAAUUGUUUCAAGCUUCGCAGUAAAAGUUCUUCUUCUUCCUUGGAGAUGGGGAAUGAAAUAUUUCUGGGACACUCUUUUGGAUGCAGAUUUGGAAAGUGACAUCCUUGGUUGGCAGUAUAUUUCAGGGAGCUUACCAGAUGCUCAUGAGCUUGAACGCUUGGAUAACCCAGAGAUUCAAGGCUCCAAAUUUGACCCAGAGGGUGAAUACGUACGGCGCUGGUUGCCCGAGCUAGCAAGAAUGCCAGCUGAAUGGAUCCAUCAUCCUUGGGAUGCAUCCAUUGCUGUGCUUAAAGCUGCUGGAGUUGAAUUGGGAAUCAAUUACCCAAAACCUAUAAUUGAUAUAGAUUUGGCUAGAGAGCGUCUAAUGGAAGCUAUAUUCAAGAUGUGGGAAAUGGAAGCAGCUGCACGGGCUUCAAAUACAAAUGGAACUAAUGAAGUUGUUGUUGAUAAUACUGAUGAUACUGAGAAUUUGGCCAUUCCGAAGGUUGUCUUAAAAGAUAAGGUUACUUGUCCUACUAAUUCAUCUAAUGAUCAGAGGGUACCAACAAAUCAGAAUUCCAAGAAUAUUCCAGCUUAUAGGAAGAGAUCAAAGUACAUGGAAGAAGAGAGACCACAACCAGAUAAAUUGCAUAAUGAUGAUAAUGUAGUGGGUACCUCAAGAAAGGAUGAAGACUUGUGCUCUACUGCUGAAUCUUCAUCAGCUAAGAAGCAGGCCACCAGCAAAUGUUCGUUUUGUGUUCCCCAGUACUGUUCCUCCUCAGAAGGCAAGCCUUUGCAGGAGUGUGAGUCUUCUGACCUCAGGCAGCCAUUGCAAGCACAAAUUGAAAUGGAACAGAGUUCGAGCAAAGAUGGUAAGCAAUUGCACUUUAUUGUCUAGAUGAUCGAAGUGGAUACAAUUUCUAGUUCUCUUAUCAUGUUCCCGAUCUCUGUCAAAAUCAUUACUGGAAACCAACUUGCAUGGUUUUCUCCCUACUUGUCUUCCUUCGGCUUCUAAUGCAUUGGCUUAGUUUUCCUUCUACUAAAUUUGCAUUUGCCAAACAGAAUAUCUCUUAUCUGUCGUAAAUCCAUGCGCUUCUCCACUGUCAAUCAAGAAAGAUAGCUUAUUUGACAGAUAAGCUCCAUAGCUUUCCGGGGCCAUGUUUUGACAUUACAAGAGUGUAAAUUUGUUUCUUAUUGUGUUUGCUUCUUGCUUUCUGUAGACAAAAUCAUAGAAAGAGGCUUAAGACAUGUAACAAAGUUUUGGAUUAUGCAUGUACCUUCUUACAUGGAUAUGAUGCUUUUAUGGUACAUGUGUGCACUUUAGAGCACAUAUAAAUAGACAGUGAAUAACCUCUGUGGAGUCAAUA